AUGAAGUUUCUUCCUUUGCCAGAGUUUGAGGAUGUCACGGGCUCUUUGAACUUCGAUACAGCCGACUGCCAUAUCGUCGGUGCAUGCGAUCUGUACACCACCAAGGCUGCCCGAUCUGACCGGAAACUGUACAACCACAUCGAACAUGCUCUGGAAGCACAGUACGAAUCAAUUCUCCGCUUUUCCGCCUCCUUAUCUCCUCCCAAUGCCCACGAUGCCGCCGAAACAUUGAACCUAUCGCGAUCCAGCCCCUUCGGCCCCCUGAGCGAUCACUCCAGUCGUCGAACAUUCGCCUACUUGAUCGCGACCCUCAAUGCCAGCCACCCAGACUAUGACUUCUCAAAUGUGUUGCGCCCGACCGAUUUCCGCCGGGAGCGUCAUUUAAAGCGGGUCAUGAACACUGUCAACUCCACACUGUACAACCUGCGACCGCGCGAUUCAAUCGACCUGUCCCCAUCAUCUCCCGCGACUCUCUCGGGAUCACACAAUACCGGAUACCCCUGGGGUCCGCGGAUGUGGAGAAUUAUGGAUGAACAUAUGUCGUUGAAGGAAUGCUCGGUGUAUUCUUAUUCGCCGGACGAGGAUCCGUCUGACUCUGAUGAUGGGGCCAUCUGGAGCUUGCAUUACUUCUUCUUCAAUCCGCUGCGCAAGCGCGUUUGUUAUAUUCACCUGCGGGCGAUCCCAAUCCUCAGUCAUACACCGCCAGAGGAGGGCGUCAGCACACCGACUGGCAAGCGUACAUUCGACGAUGGGUAUCUCACACCCGAUCUCAGUUCCAGCAAGCGUACCCGCUAUUGGUUCGGACCCCGUGGCGAGUCGUCGCUCCGCAACAGCGAAUCCGAUGAUGACGACUUGGGUCACCCAUCGCAGGCUCCGCAUCCGAUUUCGGAUGACGAUGAUCAGUACAUGCUCAGCGAUGAGGAGAUUCAGUCUCGCUCUGGCCACAAGGGUAUGGUGCGUGCAAUGAGUGAGGAGAUGAUGGACACGAUGGAAGUUUGA